AUGCUGCUAACCCUCCUUGCCCUUCAGUGUUUCGUCACUGGGGCCACCGCCAUGAAUGGGAGUCUCGCCUCCCAGGGGAGUUUCGCCUCUCCUGAUGCCCUGGAUGAUGAUGUGAUGAAUGGGAGUGACGUCUCCCCAAUUCGCGACAAUGCAACCGUUCCAAAAGUAUAUGAAAGGCAACUUAUGCCUCUGCCGAAGUUGAAGUGGAUCAGUGGUCCGGUGCCUCGUCACCGGGUCCACACGAUCGUGAUGCUGACCGUCACCUUGACGGUGUUGACCACACUUGGAAUGAUGUGGCAACCAGGUGCAGCGCAGGGCGGUACUGCCCGCCUACCACCGAGGUGGGAACCAGGAUCCAACACAUCCUUCAGAGCGUGGACUCAGGACUUGAUGUUGUGGAGCAUCUCGUCAGAUGCUGAGCCGCACCAACAGUGCGCCCUGGUCAUCUCACAGCUUGGCGGUGCUGCCCGUGAAGUUGCGAGGACCAUGUCACCAGCCGAGGUGAUGAAUGGAGGAGUUGUGAAUGGACAACACCUGGAUCCUCUUAGCUAUCUCAUCCACGGCCUCAGUAGCCGCUUCGGACCACUCGAUGACGAAGUGCGGUUGCGAAGCGCACAGGAUUUGCUAUCCUUCAGCAGGAGGACGGGCGAGUCAACCGACACGGUGUUGUCAAGGUUUGACAUAGUCAGACAACGUGCCCGUGCCGAUGGCGGGGGAGCCACAGUGAGCACCGAGACGGCAGCGCUCAUUCUGCUGAGAGCUGUUGGUGCCAAUCAUACCCAGUUCCAACAGUUGACACAGCCUUUCGGCUAUAGGUUGCCAUCCACGGAACAGGAAUUCCUGCACAUGACAAGCGCCAUCAGACGGCUUGGACACAUAGUGGAAAGCCAUCGUGACAACAUUGCCUCAACCUUGAGAGGUAAUCAGGGGUCGAAUCAUUACUGGGCAGGUGCGUCCCCCAGUGAUGAGACAGGCCCGAACCAAGAAGAUGGCCAAGAAGCUGACGGUGCCGAUGCAGGUGGAAACUGGUCCUACCUCACGAACCAUGGUGAGUCGGACACAGACAGUGCCACAUCCAGCGACAACAACUCGCUGAUGGACAUCUCAGACCUCAAUGGAAUGUCCUCGUUCCAAGUGGAUGAAUACCUGUUUGGCAGGUACCAACAUGCCAAGAAGAGAUGGCGAAGGUUCACUGGCAAGCCUGUUAGAGCACUUCGACGCGUGCUGCGUCGCAAAGGCAAGGGCAAAGGCAGUAAAGGAGGCCUUGGACAUGCCUAUGUCAACAUCAACGAGACGCUGCAGCAAAGUUCCUUCUACAAGGGGAAGGGAAAAGGAGGCAAGAGCAGCGGGAAGGGAUUUGGCAGAAGGUUGAACCCGAAAGGCAGAGAUGGAGAAGUUCUCAAAUGCAGCAUCUGCCAAUCUCAGUACCACCUCCGUGCAAGAUGCCCACAGAGGAGUGACGCCUCCCAGCCAGCAGCAGCGGCCACAAGUUCCGUUGGCCAGAUCCACCAUACGUCGCAGGCAAACCAAGCGAGCCGUUCGAUGUAUGUGCACUUUGCCGCCUUUCAGGCCCAGCCUGGAAGUGAACAGUCUUGGAGUCGUAUCGGCACUCCAAGAGAAGAUGGUGGAAAUCAGGAGGGACAGCAGCAAAGCCAAGAAGGAGUGUCGACUCCUAAUGCAGCCAAUGCGCGACCCGGUGACAGCACUCCUGAGGUGUAUCACAUGACACCAGACCCUCUGCAGGAGAACGAUCCGUGGCGGACAUGGAUGACAGCUGAACGCCCGCAAGGAUCAGCCAGCAACCCAAUUCAGCCAGCGCCAUCGCACUGGCAAGGUCCAGCUGCAUCGACGCUGGACCCCGGAAUAUCGGUUCCUGCAUGGCACGUGCCGGAUGUGAGAUCCUUUCUCGAAGUCUCAGGACUGUCUACCACCAGACCAAUGGUGGGGAGUGGCACUGAGCAAAUGAUCUUGCCGCCGGUGCCGGCAGCAUACACUGCCGCAACUCAGGCCCUGCAGGCAAUGGUUGAACCGGCACUUAGUGGAGGAGCAGUUGCAUCAGAAGCCGCUGGUCUCUUCACUCAGGUCCAUGCUGGGAGACAGGAGCGGCGACGUGAGAGUCGCAGUCACCGUGAACAGCAAGAAGAACAACAAGAGCCUGAACCUCAAGCUGCGCAGACCAGGGAGUCUCGCCCCCGUGGCGAUGGAGGCCUGGAGGUGUACCAAGACACCUGCACAAUCUGCCUGAACCGGUUUGCGGCAGAGGAUCACUGUUGCAGACUGCAGUGUCGACACGUUUUCCACUGUGUCUGCGUGGGUGAGUACCUUCAGCACAACGCACCCAUAGGCGAAGGAGACAUCCGCCUGGUAUGCCCCAACUGCAGGGAAGACACUCAGGUCGAUCGUUCGUGGGUGCAGCCGACCUUCAACCUCCAUGCGCAGCCCACAGUUGAGGAGCAACUGAAUGAAGCCGUCCAGACCCCAGUUCCGUCUGAGGCAAGUGCAGUAUCUGCUGAAGAAUAUGUGACGCCGGACAAUAUCCGGUCGUAUCCAUGGUGGCCAAUCCCCGAAACAAAUCCACCAACACCAGCCGAUGCAACUGAGUCCAGCCUUGGGUACCAUUCGACUGUCAGGUGCGACGAUGGUCAGUUGGGCCUUCUGGUCGACCCAGGCAGCUAUGGGAAUCUCGCGGGAAGCGGAUGGGUUGAGGAGGUGGAAAAGACCCUCCAAAGCCAAGGAAAGACCGCAUCACGAGAAACCCGCAGUGCACCCCUUCGCGUCGGUGGUGUCGGCAAGGGAAGCCAAAACUGUCGAGAAGACGUGGUCAUUCCGUUGGCCAUCCCAAGAUCCGACGGGACAGUGAAAGGUGGCACCUAUUCUGCCCCGGUCAUCGAAGGGUCAAAUGCACCAGCCCUAUUGGGCCUGAAGUCCUUGACGCAACACAGGGCAGUCCUCGACCUGGUGUCCAACCAGCUACACUUGCUGGGGCCAGGAGAGUCCCGCUUCGAACUAGCAGAAGGGACAGAGACCUUUAAUUUGACCCGGGCAGCCACUGGACACCUGCUGUUGCCUUUCCAAGAGUUCUCACGCCUUGCGAGUGGGUCUCAGGGAGUGCGCCAUCUGUUCAGUGAGGAAGACAUCCAUGAGUCAGGGUACAUGACCACUGUCAAGACCGAGCAAUGCAAACAGGAGCCGACCAACACCCCGGAAGAUGCAGACAGAGCGUCAGAGCCUGCUGCAGCAAGUCCGGUCGAGCCCAGCAUUGCAGUUGCAUCCAAUGCACCUGAGGAGAACCAGGAAGGUCAGAGCAGAGAGGCAGAUUCCCAAGCGCCGACGUCACCAGCUGACGAACCAGCCCCGGAGGCAGGAGAGACCGUGACGCCAGUCCCUGCCGCUGAGGCCGAAGAAGCCAAGAGCAGCAGUCCGGAAGUGACAGCUGCAAACGAGGCUGUUCCGCCAGUCUCUGCUGAAGCAACAGCCGAGCCCAAGGCAGAGCCCGCAAGCCGUCACACAGGUGACUUCAAGAAUCUGACCUUGGACGAGAUCGCAGACCGCGAAGGAUACCCCGAAGAAAAGGAGCUGACCAGGGAUCCAAGUGGGGCUCGCUCACGCCGUGGCAGGCGGCGCCGCCGGAAGAGACGCUGUGAAGCAGAAGAGGAAGAAGACCCGGCGGGGUCGCCAGACGAAGAGGGCCGCGGACGAAGACGAAAACGGUCACCUGUCUCGCCAGGUGCCAUUCCAAGGGAGACAAAACGAUGGGCCUCCCAAGGGUCCCAGACUAGCCAUGAGGAAGGGGUCGAAAGAGCGCCAAGCUCAGCAACUGACCAAACGUCAGCAUAUGACACUGACCGUGGAAGUGUGGUGCUUACACCACGUCGUGAAGGGCCAAUUGACAAAUCAUAUGUGGCGUUGCCUUCGGAGACGAUCACACCCAAGAGUGGAUCAGCAAGCAGCAGUGCACGCCCUGCUGAAAUGGCCAAAGCAUGUGAGUCCGUGGCAGCGCAAUUGCCCAAGGAGCGCGGUGCAGGUAAGUCAAGCCCACCGCUGCCGCCUCCACCGCGGCGGUUGGUGACGAGGGAAGACGAUGGCCAAGAGUAUGAGGUGAUGAGAGGGGAGCGACUGCCGCCGCCGCCGCCGCGGCCGAAGCGACUCCUCCAGCCACCACCAGAGCCAAAGAAUCCGCCAACGGCCAAGACUGGAGCUGCAGGCGCUCGACCCUUGCAGCGCGGAACCGAUGCUGAGAUCGCGAAAGCUGAAGCACACCUCACAGAGGUGAUGGCGAACCCAAGUGCGACUCGCACAGCCAAGCGCAAGGCGCGAAGAGAGGUGCGUCAAGCCAGAGGAAUGGACUGCCGAGUCACCCGUGUGAGGCCUGUGGAACUGACACGGGGAGGGUUCGAUUCCAUCCUUGAAUUCAUCAAAACAGACAGGUACGAUAUGGUGUGGGUUGAUCUCGCUCAUCCCAAGCGCUUUGUCGGAGCGACAAAUCUAUCUCGGGUCAUGCAGAGGUUGCGUGUCCUGGUGACGGCAAGUCAACGGUAUGAUGUUCCGCUUGUCAUCGCCAGUUCGCACUCUUCAGCAUGGGAGCAUUCAAGUGUGCAGUCCCUGGUGGACGUCUGUGGUUUGAAGUUGAGCACCCACAGGUGGUGCACCUUCGGACUUAAGACGACGGGUGGGAACCCCAGUGCCGUCGUCCACCGGUGUGCAAGCACCUUUGAGUGGCAGAGCACGCCCUGCCAAUGCCCUGCAGAUGCUGAACAUGUGCAUGACUUGGCCCUGCGUGAUCCCUGCUGCACUGCCCAGAGACGCCAUACAUAUGAAGCUGAAGCAGCGGCCAAUCUCCUGGAGUCCGCAUGGAUUUGCGAAUCCGUGUCUGGGAAGUCAGCCGACUCAACAGUAUCAAUGGAAGGUACAGUCGUAGGCAGUGACAGCCAGCAGAUAGCAUGUCAAUCCGCGCAUCCAGCGCAACACGUAGAGCACAACGCGACGAGUUCCGACUCGUCAAGAGCUCGAGAUCCCGCACCAGAAUCUUCAGUGUUUAAAAGUUUAACCUUGCCCGCACAGAGCACUGUAAGCAAGACACCACACAAUUUUUGCGCUACGUUUUUCCAAUGCCGUUGCUGCGAACUGCUUGUUCCAAGUGAGACUGCCUGGUGCAACACCUGUGAAGCACCAGUGGAAAAUGAACAAGCUCAUCUGAUCCAAGUCGGAUGCUACCCUACAGAGCAGCGGUUGGCUGCCAAGCAGCGUGCUAAAGAUGGCAUUUUGCCAAAGAGAAAGAAGAAACAAGUCGAACAACAUUUCGACGACUGUGGAGAAGAUCUGACACCAAUUUGUGACAAGGACCCAAAACUGUCCAUGUUCACCGACGGAUAUUCAUCCGAUGAAGAAGAUAACAUUGGACACAAAAUCUUAUCAUCCUGGGUUACACACGGUUUCCAGUGUUCGGAAAGUGACCUGCCUCCAUCAACACAUCCAGGCAUGGUCAUUGCGGUCGACUUUGAAGAAGCCUAUCCGAUCUUGAUCAAUCGACCAUAUGGUGUUGAAAUCGUUGAAUUCUGUGGUGGUCUGGGACUGACCACCCAAAUGGCAGUCAAGCGUCAGCUCAGCACAGGCCACAAUUUUGAGCUGUUGACUGGCUGUGAUCUCACAGACACCAGCACCCAGAGGAAAGUGUUAUCGUACCUUUCCAUAGCAAAGCCUUUGGUCAUCGUGAUGGCGCCCAGAUGUGAUCCCUUCGGCCCACUGGGACGCUGGAACCGAGUGAUACAUCCAGAAGGAUGGGACCACAGCUACCAAGAGUCCGCGCCUCUUGCAGAGUUCUGCGGCCGAGCUGCUCUCCAUCAAAUCAGUGAAGAAAGACAUUUCCUAUGUGAACAACCUCAAUCAUCAACCCUCUUCCAAGAGGAGCCCUGGCCGAGGGUACUGCAACAUAAAGGUACUGUCAAAGUUGUUUUCCACCAGUGCCGUGUUAAGCAGUACAUCAAUGGCCAGUUGUGCAAGAAAGCCACCGAGUUGGUGGCCAGUACACGAACCCUUCUGGAACCUUUUGAGGGCCUAGUCUGUACUGGUGAUCACCCGCAUGCAGUGCUGACCGGUGGUCAAGCAAGCAAGGCGCAGAAGUGGAGUCGCGACAUGUGCGACAGAAUAGCCUUCGGCAUUCAGCAACUAGCCGCAAGCACAAAAGAGCGCCCAGUGCAAGCAAUGCCGUCAGUGGCUGUGGGCGGCGGUGACGAAGCCCAGGAAGAUCCAGAACCUGAGGAGGCCGGAUUGCGAGCCCGAGGUAUGGGAGAUGCAGAUGAACAAGCUGCAGAAGAACAGCUGGAAGAUGCCCCUGAGGCACGACCUGAAGAAGCCGGCGGAGUACGUCCCGCCGUGGAAGCUGCUGCUGAGCCAGCUAGCGCAGAGGGCAACGAGUUGCAGCUGGUUCCUGCCGACAGAGCAGGAAGGGGGCCAGAUCAGAUCCAACGAGUGCGAAGGUCUUAUCGUGAGGGUGAGGCCCAAACGCCAGAUCCGUCUGACUGGACCUCAUUUGACAUCUCUGCCAGCCUGCGAGGCCUGCGAUUAUCCAAUGAGGCGGGUCAGCGCAGGAUCAUCCGCAAGCUGCAUCUACGCUGGUGGCACGCAAGCAGCCACAGAAUGAUCCAGUUGCUCAAGAGCGCAGGCCUACCGCAGUCCAUUCUGGAUAUUGUGCCAGAAGUGGUGGACACUUGCAGAAUCUGCCGGUUGUGGCAGAAGCCAUCCAGUGACAACAUCGCGGUGAACCGCGUGGUAACCGGAUUUAAUCUGGAAGUGGAAGGCGAUCUGAUCUUCAUCACACACCAGGGCGCAAGUCCGCCCGUCCUACACCUCGUUGAAGGAAUAUCGCUUCCACUCAGCAGAGUGCUGGCAGAAGCAACAUAUGCAGGCAACGCAUUGACAUCCAUUCGAGGGGUGUCGCCGUACACAGCAGUCUUGGGAAGAGUACCGCCUCUUCUACCGGACGCUUUGUCUGUGACAGAUGACACAGAAGCACACGUGACUGCGCAACACACCCAUCGAUUGCGCGAAAUAGCCAUCCAAUGCAUUGCCGAGGCCAGCGCACAAGACCGGCUGAAACGUGCAAGCCACACACUCACCAAACCAGCAGGCGAGGAAUUCGAGUACCGCCUAGGUGAGCAAGUGGAAUACUACCGUCCACCCAUGAGUAAAGACGUCUCAGGUUGGAGGGGGCCGGCCACGAUCUGUGACCUGUCUCGUCUGGAGCAUGGACGAGUUGGAAUCAGGACUCGCAGCGAUAAUGUGCUUACAUGCCGCCUGCAAGAUGUCCGCAGAUGUCUAGCAUACAUGGUGGAUAUGGAGUCACCACUGUCAAGCACAGCAGGUCAAGCGCAGCAGGUACUGCAAGAAUUCGUGGAUAACAUGAAAGCAGGACCUGAAAACACAAUGCUUCUUGGCAACAUCCCUAGUAACACUGGGUGGCGCAUGUCCAAAGUCACAGAGCGACACCAAAUGGUGUACCAAGCCGCAGUGGUCGUAGCCGAAUUGAUUUUUCAGUUGCAGAACCUUGCAGCUGUCAGAAUUGGCAAGGGUGUUCGAACCUUGUCGAAGAAGAGUGAAUAUGCAGCAAGCAUGACGGUCUUUUGGACCGCAGCAGGAACAAGAUCUUUGGAGUUUCUGAACAGCGAAGACACCAGUGUGUCAUUCGUAGCCAUGUUAGGUCAGAACUGGACAAAUGUUCGCUUUGUUCAAUACCUGACCGUCACAGCCGAAGACGAUUUUCAGAACUCCAUCAAAGAGGAUGAAGUGAUGAGUGACGUCUCAUCCACAUCCAACCAAGCGACGGGACCAAGCACACACGACAAUGCAAGUGUGGGAGGUCCCUUAAGCACAAUCCCCGAAGGAAGUAACGAAGAGGAAGCGCAUGUGACAAUCCAGGAACUGGAAAAGGCAUUCGGAAUACCGGCAGAUCAUCCCAAUGUAAAUUAUCUGGCCGAAGCAUUCGUUGCCAUAUCAGCCGAGGAGGAGGACACUGUGCCGCCAGUGUUCACGACCCUUGAAGAAAUCAGUGGCCCGGCUCUGACCAGGAGCCUUAAGGCCAUGGAAGAAGUAGCCAUCCCCAGUUGGCAAGAAGUCGCGUAUGUGACAGAAGAUGACAGCUUCCUGAGCAGUAAUGCCCUACUCGAGCAGUUGCAGCAAGUUACAAACGAACUGCCCACGCUGGAAGACCAAGAUGAGUAUGGAGCAUAUGCUGCCUUGGAGGCGUACUAUCCAGAAUGCAAAUAUCUGGAAGGUCUUGACCGACUCCCCAACUGCGAUGAGCAUGUGGAGCUUCGAUUUUACGAAGCGCACACCAGAAAGGUAGUCAUCGAUCGGAACGAUGAUCUUCUGACAGAACAGGAAACAUUGGAGCACUCAACUGAGGAGUUGGCGGACACCACCAACAAGCCACUGCGUGACGUCAGCUUCACGCUGAACAUCCAGGGAACAACGAGUUCGUUCUUGGACCCAGAGUUUGAGCUGUUGUACGAUGAAGGUGGAACGCUGCAGUUAGUGGUGAUCAAGCACGUGGAUGACCUGAAGAUCGCGGGCCCAAAAGAACUGAUUGCAAGGUUUGUGGACCAUGUGGCAAGAGCUUUUGGAAAAUUGGUCAUUGAGUACAACACGUUUACCUUUUGCGGUGUUCGACACACGCAAGAAAAGGACAUCGUGUUGGAUCAAGCAAAGUUCAUUGCAGCCAUCAAGGAAAUGGCUGUCCCGGAAGCAUAUGCCAAGACGGAUGAGCCACUGCCAGAACACCUGCAGAAGCAAUUUCUGAGUCUGCUCAUGACAGUGGCAUACGCAUUGCUGACGAGAAUGGAUGCUGCAGUGUAUGUAACAGCCCUGCAGCGAGAAUGCCAAAAGCCGAAGCCAAUUCACGUGAGACGGUUGAACCUGCUUCUGCGUUGGAUGCAGAAGAACCCUCGUGGACUGCGGUAUCGCCCAAUGGGUAGGUAUCCUGAUAGCCUGGUGCAGUUCAGCGACUCAGGGUUCAAGGCGCGUUCCGAAGAUGGACUGAGUGUCAGAGGGCUUGUCUCCAUGCGGAUGCAUUCCAGUGAGUUGAAGUCGCCAACAAAGGCGACUUGCCAUGUACUGGAAUUUGUGUCCAAAGCACAAAGACAUGUCACUCGCUCAACCUUCAGCAGCGAACUCUUUGCUGCUACAGAUGCCAUCGACAUGGGACUGCUCACAAGACUGGCUCUGCAUGAACUCCAGUAUGGACCCAUGAACGACAACUUGGCAAAAGGAAUCCUCGAGGGAUUCACCAAAAGUGAGAUCCAGUUGCAUGCGGUCCUGGACGCAAAGUCAGUGACGUCAGCAGUCACCGCGCCAAUUCUGAAAACACCAGCUGAGCCAGCACUGCUUGUCCAUGUGAGAUGGGUAAGACAUCUGCUGCAGUCGAAGGUCCUUCAAGGACUGCACUGGACAGACACAAGGUCCAUGAUUGCAGACGGACUAACCAAAGGCAGUAUCGAUCGAUCAGCGCUGGAAGCCGUGAUGUCUGGCUGGUUAGAGAUCGAAUAUGCCUUAGAGAACGAGGCACUGCAGUUGUUAAGUCAACCGACCUAA